AGCCACACCUACUCUAUCAUCACAACACGUCUCGUACCCCGAAAAGUCACUGAACUCCUCUAUCUUCUUCUUCUUCUUCUUCAUCAUCCUCUUUUCCUCUUCCUCUCUUCACAUGAGGAAGAAAGAGGCCAGAAAACCAGACAGAUUCAAAGCAAGAGCAAGCCAGUGCUAAUCAAUUUUCGGUUUUUUUCUCCUUUUCAAAUUAUUUCAUUUCUCUGUCUCUUUGUUCUCUUUCUCUCUCUCUCUCUCUCUUCCCGAAGUUAUAUCAAAAGAAUAGGAUAUGGGUAUUGAGAUUUUGAGGCCUCAGGAUUGUUUGAUUGAACGGACCAGAGUUUCUUCUUGUCGCCGGAGAAAUUUUUAUGGCAACUCUUAUACUAACCCCAAGUACUAUGACUCUAACCCUAGACUUAACAGGAAACCAGCUGUGCGGUCUGAGAGGACUGACCCGAGAAAGCGCCACUCCGAGCCUGCCUUGAUAUCGAAGAGGUCGAAUUCGGUUGAUGAUUUGAAGAUCUCCAAAAACCAUUACCAUGGCCACAAAGCCAACAACAGCAACGAUCUUCUUAUGGAGAAGGUGACCAUUUUGCGACGAGGGGAGUCGCUAGACUCUAAGAUCCGGAGCAGUGAAACGGCUGCAGCAUCGAAGAAGUAUCAAGCCGGUGAUAUGGUUGUCACUGGUACGGAUCGAUUGGGUCCGGGCCCAGAAAUGGUGCCGAAGCAGAUCCGAAUCGUUGACCUGAGGUCUCCGGUGGCCGGGAAGUGCGAUGUGUAUGCGGGCUCAGCUUUUGCAGUAUCUCCAGCACCGAGCUCGCUCCCGUUGCCGUCUUUCUAUAAGAAAAAGCAAGUCACUUUUGAUGACUCAGCUACCAGAGACCUCAGGCGUUUACUUCGACUCGACGUUUAAGAUCCGACUAUAAAAUGGGUCAGGAUCCGUCUGGAUAAGUUAUCACUAUUUAUACCUCUCGUCGGUUUCGUCUCUGUUACAUCCGUCUGGUUUUCAACGGUCGGAUCCUCCCGUGAGAUUUUUUAUAAAACGGGAGGUAGAUCUGAAAAUCGGUAAAAGUAUAGGGACGAAUUAGUAAAAAAGCAAAAAAAGUAUGUUAUCAUGUAAGUGUAAAACAUGGGGGUUAAUCCUGGGUGGGGUGGUUGUGUAUUUGGGGUUUAUGGGUAUAUUUUAGAUAGUAUCUUGGGGCUGAACGGAGGAGGAAAAUGGUUGAGGUUGAGUGGAGUUAGUUGGUAGCGUAUGGAGCUGUAAAAUGUAAACGAUGAAGGAAGAGGGGGAUGUAGAGAAUGUGUUUUGUGUAUUAUAGGAAGUAAUUUAAAAGUUAGGGAAAAUUAGGGGAGAUUUCAUAAUAUGUCUCUCUUGUAGUUUUCUCAGUUAUAUGUAACUCUGCUCUUUCUUACUUUGAUUGUAAUUUAUCCUUAAUCAUAAUAAAAUUUUAAAAUAACAACAGUAUGAUCAGUCAAGUCUUUGCUUAA